AUGGAGAAUUGUUACAAGGCUAAUGGAAAUAUACAUAGAGUUUCAAGGCAGAAUAAACAUCCAUUCUCCAUAAGGGAUCAAUCAUUGCCCUGCUUUGACAUAAGAGUAUUUUUAGUCAGAGUUUGCAAAUCUGAUCUUGAUAAUUCUGCUCCCGAGGUUCUCAAACUGAAAUGUGUUUCACCAAAUCCUGGCACACUUCUCAAAGUUAAUGGCGUCCGCGCUGCUAUGCAAUCCGAGGGUGUUUCAAGCCUUCUCAAAAGAGAUAGAGUAGAUAAGAAAUCAAAAGAAGUGACAUUUGUAAGCACAGAUAGUAUUAAGAUGAGUAGUAAUGUUAAGUUUGAAGUGUUUGACAAAGAUGUUCUGUUGGUUUCUGGGGUCUUAGAAUUAUGCAAUAGCAAUGGAUCUGUUAAUGGACAAAGAUGGAGCAUGAACUGUGAGUCAAUUAUAAUUCCUGGAACUAGUUUCUUCAAGAGCAAGAAAUUCAUGUUGCCAGGUUCAACUUUACCUACAAUAGAGGUCUACAUUGCUGGGUCCUUCUUGGAUACUCCAAUUGUCUUAACAAAGACCCUCCACCUUAGUUCUCAGAUAAAACACACAAGGAUGGGGACAUUCUCUACAAACCUGGAAAACGAGACAAGUGCUCCUUCAACAUUUACUUUACAGGCUGCAGAUAACAUGAGUGAAAAGCCUGAAGAGGAGGAUAACAACAUUGAUUUGUACCAAAGAAGAGCAUAUGUUGCUGCUGAAGAAGAAGAUGGAGAGGUAUCAUGGUUCAAUGCAGGUGUGAGAGUAGGUGUUGGAAUUGGUCUGAGUGUUUGCAUUGGCAUUGGCAUUGGAGUUGGCGUGCUUGUUAAGACUUAUCAAGGCACUACUCGCAACUUUAGGAGACGCCUAUUAUGAUAUUAAUCUGCACAUACAUACG